CCUCAUAUUUCACCAACAAAAUUUCACAAAGCCGCCGGCCCGGGCGAAAUCGAGGCGAGGAAGCUGCGACCGGCUGGAAGCUCACUGGGGGAAGGCGUGGAGGAGGUGGCUGAUAGUGCAAUCAAACAACACCUCCGUAAAAUGACGCAGAUUCUCAGUGCUCCAUUCUUCUCUUCGAAUGUACAGCCUUCGCAGUUAUUUCUAUAUUCCCAUCGCGUUUCUCUCAGAAGUCAUCACACCAAAAGCGUUUCCAUCUUCAAAAUCGAACGAAAGAUUCUCCCUUUUUCAUCGCCUGUAGAAUACUUUCGAGUUUCAAGCAACGUUCGUCGUCUGGCUAAUCCAGUUUGCAAGAAAAUGGAAGAUGGGUUUUACAUGAGGAGGUGCGUGGAGCUUGCCAGGAAAGCGAUUGGCUGUACGAGUCCUAAUCCGAUGGUGGGUUGUGUUAUUGUGAAGGACGGUGAUAUUGUUGGUGAAGGGUUUCAUCCAAAGGCCGGGCAGCCUCACGCGGAGGUAUUUGCUCUAAGAGAUGCUGGGAAUUUGGCUGAGAAUGCAACAGCUUAUGUAAGCCUUGAACCAUGCAACCAUUAUGGGAGGACUCCUCCCUGCACAGAAGCAUUAAUUAAUGCAAAAGUGAAGCAGGUGAUUGUUGGUAUGGUGGAUCCUAACCCAAUUGUUGCUUCAAAAGGAAUGGAAAGGUUGAAAGCUUCAGGAAUUGAUGUUGUAGUUGGUGUGGAAGAGAAGCUGUGCCAGAAACUAAAUGAAGCAUAUAUACAUCGAAUGCAUACAGGAAAGCCAUUUGUCACUUUAAGAUAUUCACUUUCACUCAAUGGGAGGAUGCUAAGUCAUCCUGGGAAAGGAGCAGAAGAACCAGGCGGAUACUACUCAAAAAUGCUUCAAGAAUACGACGGCAUUGUGGUUUCUGGCGAAUUCUUAAGCAGAACCUCCACUCUACCUAUAUCUCUUGAAGCUGGAGCCAACCAGCCUUUCCACAUAAUUAUAGCUAAGAACAAGUUUUCUCUGGCUCUUCCCAGCACUACCAUCAAUUCUGCCGCUCCUGUUAUAGUCUUUGCAGAUAAAAGAAUUCGUGUAGAGCCAAAAUCUGAGAAAGUUGAAACUGUAUUGCUGGAGCAGAUCACACUGAAUUCGGUCCUGGAUUAUUGUGGACGUCGUGGGUUGUGCAGCCUCGUGAUAGAUAUCAGAGAAGAUAAGGGAUCUGUGACAGAGCUCCUUGAAGGUGGUUUUGAGGAAGGAUUGGUGCAGAAAGUUAUGGUGGAACUCUGCCCUGUUUGGAUCGGGAGCAGUGAAGCCUCAGUUCCUUCCUUCGGUCUGGAACUAAGGAAACUGAAGGAUCUGCAGUCAAAUGUCGCAAAUGAGAGUACAUUAGUGGAGGGAUAUCUCUCAUAGAUAUGGUAAAAUUAAUUUAUGUGCUGAAGUUCUUGGAAGACUUCUGCAUAGGUCCUUAAUUGGAAGGUUGUGAGGCUAAUCAAGAUCAUAUUUAUGCUUAGCUUGAAAUC